UUGUAUUUGUAGAUUGGUGCUUCAUUCUCCAAAACAAAUGUAUCAACAUUUGUUAUAGAUCUAAAAAGAAUACAACCACAUGGUGGGGUACCCCAUCAAGAAGGUGGGGGCCAAGUACUUUCCAGUAGUCACGGUAGAAGAAGUUUUCUCACUGAAAGACCUCCAACCCAGUCAAGUAGGCAAGCCAGUGUACCUAAGGAGGAUGAAAAUGAACCAACCAGCACAAGUCCGGACCAGGAGGACCGAGAAUCUGUAGCAGAUAUACGCGAUCCUGAGGACUUCAAAGAAAUAUUUCAACCUAAACAUAGAAUAGAUAGAUCACCUUCUAGAAAGAUGGAGCCAUUCCAACCACCAAAUGAUGAUGGGGCAUUCCCGGAACCAGAACCUGUGAAACAACCGGCACCCGUUAAACAACCAGCCCCAGUAUCUAAACCAGCUCGAACCACUAGGCGCGAGCUUCCUCAAACCCGACAACCAGAUCCACCACCAGCACAACGACAGUCGGAACCUGACCCAGCACCGCGGGAACCGGAACAGGAUAUGAGCGGGAGACCCAGUAAACAAACAGUUCAUGUACCUCCAACUAGACGGCAGCCAUCACCUCCACCAAGUGAAGGGGGAGUAAAUCCAGAAGACUUUUUACCACCAGAGGUGAAAAAACAAGAGCCAUCACUCCAGAACCUGUCAGAAGAGGGGUGUAUAGAUAUGAUUACUAAAGGUCAUAAUACAAUGUUAUCUGUGUUAUCAAAUAGGAGCAAAAGUUUACAAACUGUUCGUGUCAUGUGGUCAUCAGGAAACACCAAAACUGCUGUAGAUUCUGCAAUAAGUAUGAAUGACAAUGGAGUGAUAGUAGAUGUACUCAAUGUUCUUAAUGCCAAAUCGUAAGUUAAAAUAUUUUAACAG